AUGAUUCAAUCUGAUGCACUCUCUCGUCGUAAUGGACUCGAUGACAGUGAAAGUGACAAUGAAGGUCGCAUUCUUUUACCCAACGCACUAUUCGUGCGAUCCAUUUCCCCGACACUAUUCGACGAAAUCAGGAAUCACGCAGCAAAAGACCUCAUUGUUCACGAAGCCCUCGAAGCGAUUGCGCACAAAGGGCCAUUCCCCAUGAAAUCAUCGCUUUCCGACUGGGAAGUUCGCGAUGGUGUCAUCCUCUACAAAGAAAAGAUUUACGUUCCACCAUCCGAAACCCUUCGUCGUGACCUCGUUCGACUACAUCACGACUCCCCUGCCAUGGGUCACCCUGGAAAGUUCAAUACUCUUGAACUGUUACGUCGUGAAUUCUGGUGGCCCGGCAUGUAUGCAUUUGUCUACAAUUAUGUUGAAGGCUGUGCUGCCUGUCAACAAAUGAAACCGAAUACUCAUCCAACUCGUAUUCCUUUGGAACCAAUUCCCGCCGACCCACACGCAUUACCAUUUUCCUGUUGCACCACCGAUUUUAUUACCGACCUCCCCAUUUCCAACGGUUUUGAUGCAAUUAUGGUCGUAGUAGACCAUGACCUUACGAAGGGGGUGAUUCUUACGCCCUGCCUCAAAACGAUCACAGCCGAAGGAACGGCCAAGAUUUUUCAUAACAAAGUAUACUCGCGAUUUGGAUUACCCGACCGAAUCAUCUCGGAUAGAGGACCUCAAUACGCAUCCAAGGUCUUCCAAGAGUUAAAUCGACUACUCCAGAUCAGAUCAUCAAUGAGCACAGCUUAUCACCCUCAGACGGACGGAGAAACAGAGCGAGUCAACCAGGAGCUGGAAAUCUAUCUUCAACUCUAUUGCGGAAACAACCCUGAAACAUGGGCCGACCGCCUGCCAGACCUCGAGUUUUGUCAUAACACAAGGGAACACUCGGCACGGAAGAUGAGCCCAUUCCGCAUCAUGAUGGGAUACGAACCAUGUGGACUCCCUUCUGUAUUUCCGACCACGAACAUUCCAUCGGUUGAAUCCAGGCUUGACAUGUUGCAGAAGAUAAGACUAGAAGCACUAGCCAUGCACGAGUUAGCCCGGCAACAGAUGGCGGACCGAGUCAGACAAGGAUCGCCGAAGUUUACACUAGGACAGAAGGUCUGGCUAGACUCGAGGAACCUGAAGGUCAAUUACGCCUCGCGCAAGAUAGCACCAAAGCGUGAGGGGCCAUUCGAAAUUGUCGAAGUCAUCGGACCAGCCAACUAUCGUCUCAAACUCCCGAAGACCUGGCGAGUUCAUUCCGUAUUCCACGCCGCCCUUCUAUCUCCUUAUCGCGAAAACGAUAUACAUGGUCCGAAUUACGUGAACCCACCACCUGAUGUCGUUGAUAACGAAGAAGAGUACGAAGUCGAAGCCAUCCUGAAUCACAAGACGUACCGAGGUCAUCUGAGGUACUUAGUCAAGUGGAAGGGAUAUUCUUCAGCAGAAAACUCGUGGGAACCUACCCACAAUUUACAGAAUGCCAAGCGAAUCCUCGAUGCAUAUAAAAGGACCAGGGGAAUCCAGUAG